UUGUUCUGUUCAUCGUUUUUUAUUGCUCCUACAUCUCAGGGAACGAAUCGACACCGACUACGGACAUCAGGAUGGCGUACGGCAGCUCCGCCUUCUCCCUGGGUGUCAAGCUGCGAGUGAAGCGAUACAUUCGCCACGAGAGCUUCGUUCUGUCCAGCUUCGAGAACGACCUGGCCAUUCUGGUCCUUGACCACGACCUCAAGCUGGGGCCCAAGGCCAGGAUCAUCUGCCUUCCCAAAAAACCGCGGAUCAUCGAAGGACAGACCGUCGCCGUGGCAGGCUGGGGCGUCCUCAAAGAGAACGGAACCGGUGCGAAGACGCUGAGGUACACCACUCAGCUUGUCUGGCCUCCCGACAAGUGCCGGCGGGCCCUAAAUCCCAUCGGCUUCUUCUAUCCGCUGCAGACGUGUGCGUACAAGAAAGGGUCCGACGCCUGCCAGGGUGAUUCUGGAGCGCCGAUGAUGGUCAAGAAUGGCAAGAGAUUUGAAAUAGUGGGACUUGUCUCCUUCGGAAACGGCUGCAACAUCGAAGGUGUGCCAGGAGUCUACACCAACGUCUUCAAUUACCUAAAAUGGAUAAAAAACGCCAUCGCUGGUCAUGGCGGCAAAGCUGUAUCCAUGUAAAAAUAAAA